AUGGCCAUUCCUACAAAUUGUCUUUGUGAAAAAAAACCCCAGGCGUUUCACACAGAUGACAAUAGCGUUGGUGGAGAUGCGGCCAGUUCUGCAGGGCUGGGGAUUUCCUGGCAGAGCGCACGUAUCCUCUGGUGCGGAAAGCGGACAUCAGCGGGGCCGCCGCACCUUCGGGGACAGCGGGAAGAGCCCCCGCCCUUUGGGAGCCCCGUCCUCGCCCCGGGCAGAGCCCGGCAGGGCUGGCCGUGGCCGGCGGGGUACUGCCUCUCGCCUGCCUUCUCCGUGGGAUGGGAUGAUUUCCCCGCCAGGCUUUCCAUCGUGUCCCGAGAUGCCCGCAGCACUCAGUCCCUCAAGCAGGGGAAGGUCAGGCUCCGGGAGGGUAGCGGGAGUUGCUAUAGCUUUUUGAACGCGUUUAUUGACAGAAGUCUGAUGGCUGGGCAGCGGAGCUAUUCCUCGGUGAGCAACAUGAACGCGGGGCUGGGCAUGAACAGCAUGAACACGUACAUGACCAUGUCGGCCAUGAGCACCACGGCCAACAUGACGGCUGCCACCUCCAUGAACAUGUCCUACGCCAACACGGGCAUGAGCCCCUCGCUCACCGGCAUGUCCCCGGGCGCGGGGGCCAUGCCCGGCAUGGGCUCGGCCGGUGUGGCAGGGAUGGGCGCCCACCUGAGCCCCAGCAUGAGCCCCAUGGGGGGCCAAGCGGGCUCCAUGAACGCCCUGGCCCCCUACACCAACAUGAACUCCAUGAGCCCCAUCUACGGGCAAUCCAACCUCAACCGCUCGCGGGACCCCAAGACCUACCGGCGGAGCUACACGCACGCCAAGCCGCCCUACUCCUACAUCUCCCUCAUCACCAUGGCCAUCCAGCAGUCGCCCAACAAGAUGCUGACGCUGAGCGAGAUCUACCAGUGGAUCAUGGACCUCUUCCCCUUCUACCGCCAGAACCAGCAGCGCUGGCAGAACAGCAUCCGCCACUCGCUCUCCUUCAACGACUGCUUCCUCAAGGUGCCCCGCUCCCCGGACAAGCCGGGCAAAGGCUCCUUCUGGACGCUGCACCCCGAUUCGGGCAACAUGUUUGAGAACGGCUGCUACCUGCGCCGCCAGAAGCGCUUCAAGUGCGAGAAGGAGGAGAAGGGGAAGGUUGCAGGCGAUGGGCUCGCAGGGGAGCCUCUGCUGCCCGGAGCGGCCGUGGGGCUGCCUGAGACAGUCCUUGCCAUUGCCAUGGCCAGGGCCAGUGCCAUCGCUAGUGCCAUCGCCAGUGCCAUUGCCGUCGCUAGUGCCAUUGCCAGUGCCGUCGCCAGUGCCAUUGCCACUGCUAGUGCCAUCGCCAUCGCCGUAGGAGUGCCAGGAGAGCCGGGGCAGCUCGGCGGGCACGUCACCUCCGCUCUGGGCUGCAAGCGCUGUGCUGGGAAGCUCGGCUCUGCCUCCCUGCCUGGCUGCCCGCACCCCUGCCGCGGUGGUGGGGGCUCCACGCUGUGCUUCAAGAGCGCUUAUCAAGUUUCAGGACCCAGAAGUCGUGGGGUUUUUUCGGUGGUGGUUUUGUCGGAGGGAGGGGAGGGCUGCAGCUGGGCGCGGGGCGGCGGGGGGCGCCCCCCCGCGCCGGUGCGGCAGCGGCGCUGGAUGAAGCCGUUCGGCGGCGGCUCCAGCAUUCCAGGCACCAAACCUGCCGUUACCUAG